GAGGAGUCCCGAGUUUGGCCACUGCCCCCUUCCCAAGGCCAAGGGCCCAGGAGCACUCCUUCUGCCUGCUCUCCCAGAUGGGGCUCUGAGAUGGAUCAGAACCUAGGGGUCUCCCCAUGAUGCCUGACAGCCACAAACAGGUGGCGCUUGGUGGGAGGUGGUGGGCCCGGUCCCUCACGGAGCUCUGUUAAUGGGCAGGAGGACCUGGGGGAGUGGGUCUGGGAGCCCGAGGUUCACCCUCAGCCACACCCAGGAGCCUCAACGGCACAAGACCACCUGUUACUAAGCCACGCCUGUCUCGCCUGCGCAUGCCCACCUGGUCGGGUGAUGACGUGAGGCAGGCUCUCGCAGCACACACCCAGUGACUAAUGUCUAGACCCCAGGCGGGGGCAGCAGCAGGUGGGUGAGGUUGUGAGGCUGCAGCGGGAGCAGCUGCACCGGGGUUGAGAUGCAGCCUGACCCACAGGCAGGAAGUGAGGUGGGGAGCUCUGCUGAGAGCUGCACAAAGGCGCCGCUCCUGGGGCACCAAGCUGCCUGGCUUUCCCCACACAGGGCUGAGGAGGUACCACUGUGCCCAUGGCCUUGGCUGGUGCAGGGCUUCACACGAUGGGGCCACAGAUGCCCUCGGCCCCUCCCAUCCUCUGGGUCCUAGGGUGCCUGGCCCUGCUCCUCUGGCUGUGGGUUCUAUGCACAGCCUGCUACAGGAAGCGGGCACGGAGGCAGCAGGCUGAGCUGCAGGGCAGUGCGGUGCAGUCACUGCUGAGGCAGCCGCACCUCUGCUCCCUCAGCAAGUCGGACACCAGACUGCAUGAGCUGUGCCGGGGCCCGCCAGUCUGCAGGGCUCCGCGGCCUGUCAGCAUGGAUCUCUUGCGCCCGCAAUGUCUGGAGGUGUCCAGAGGCACCACCAGGCCCCAGGCGGCCUUCUCACACCGGGAACUGCCCCGGCCCGGGCCUGCUACCUCUGCCGCCCAGCCCUCCAUCAGCCACGAGGCCACCUAUUCCAAUGUGGGGCUGGCUGCGAUCCCCAGGGCCAGCCUGGCAGCCAGCCCUGUCGUGUGGGCAGGGGCCCGGCUGACCAGCAGCUGGGCCAGACCUGGGCCUGAGGCCAGGCCCGUGGUGGCUGAGUAUGCUUGUGUCCAGAAGCUCAAGGGAGCAGGUUGGGGGCCCCAAGCCCUGGAGCAGGGGAAGGCCGAGGGGACCCCGGCCACUCAGGUGGACAUCCUGUACUCCAGGGUCAACAAGCCGAAAAGGAAGGACCCAGAACCUGCCACAGACCAGCAGGACCCCACGGGCGGGGGAGCGAGUCUGACUCUGGGGAGCGACCUGGCCUGUGAGGCUCUCCCACUCAGGGGCCUGCGUGUGGACAAGGGCCUCCUGGAAAACGUGUAUGAGAGCAUCCAGGAGAUGGGGACCCCUGAGCGCCAGGCACCCCCCAGAUGUAGCUAUUAGCCUGCUCCCCCCUCCUCAGCCUGGGGAGGGGUCUCCAUCCCCUCCCUGCCCUGAACACCAAGUACAGAUGUUCCUCCCGUGUGGGGCCUGACCCCCCGCUGCACACACAGACACAGCUGGCAGCACAAAUUCCAGAUCCCAGGGCCGCCAGCCUCCAGGGCCCUGGCUACCUGGCCUCUCCCAGCCAGGUCUUAAUAAAUGCCCAACUCAGGGAAGAUGGACA